UAAUUAAAUUAAAGUUUACAAAUAUUGAAUAUAUAUUUAACUCUAGGAAAUCAUUUAAAGAAUAAGAUAAUCAUUGCAAUAACGGAUCUACACAAACAGAAUCGAAUCUGUAAGAACAUGUCAUUUGAUAUAACCGAUAUGGAGCCCAACGAAGUUUCAAUAAACUUGAAAUUAUUUCAACAAUUUCGUUUUUUUCAUCUUUUUAAUCCAAAAACUAAAAAAUUUUGCAAUUUCAACGUGUACCAUCUAGCAUUGUACAUCAUAAAUUGCGUCAUUGGUUGUACAAUAAUUAUCGGAUUGAUGAGUUAUUUUACUCUAGAAGAUGAUACAUUAAAUAUUGCUGAUGAUGUACAGUCAAUGUUUUGUUGUUUACUUUAUAUUGUAUGUUUAAUUAAAAUGACUUCAAUAACUUAUAAAGCGAAUAUCAUUUGGAAAUUACUCCAUGUAACUAGUAUACGUUUUUUGACGAGCACUCAGUGUCAAAAACAUGUUGGAAUUCUCAAAAAAUAUCGUCAAAGAUCAAUAAAAAUUACAAAUUAUAUAAGUGUAUUUUCAAUUAUAACUACCAUCCAAUGGUGCUUUUUUCCUCUAGCGCUGAUGUUAUUACAAAAAGAAGACGCAAACCAAUCAAAUCGACGCUUUGAGAAUAUUUUCAACUUUCGCUUCCCAGUAACCACUGUUUACUAUAAUAAUAAUUAUUUCAUAUUUUAUUUUAUAGAGGUAUCUAUUAUAAUGAUUCUGUUAUACACUCAUAUAUUGAGCGAUAUCUUUUUUAUUUCUCUCUGCUAUGUUAUGAUUGCUCAAUUUAAGAUGAUCAAAAGGGCUUACGAAAACGUCAACAGUGAACUAAAUUCCGAAAAUAAUAGUGAAAACAAAAAUGAUAAUAAUGUGAAUGAUUGUUUUGAUGAUUUAGUAUCAAUUAUGGAGGAUCAACAAAAACAAAUCGCGAUGUUAAAAUUAUUUCAUAUUACGUAUAAAUUUAUAAUUUUAUCAAAUGUUGUAUCAUAUUCGGGUUCCAUCAUUAUUCUAACAUAUGCAUUUGCCGUGAUUUUUACGUCAUCCGAAUCGUUACCAAUGUUUAGUACAAUCAGAUUGAUAUCAUCAUUUGGAAACGUUAUUGUUGUUUUACUUAUCUUUUGUCAUUUGUUGGAACGCAUUAAUAAUAAUAUGAAAUUCGUUCAUUUUGGGAUGUAUAGUAGUAAUUGGACUUCGAUGAAUUUAAGAUCGAAAAAAAUGUUGUUGUUAUCAAUGCAGUUGAAUAAUGCUAACGAACUGAUGAUUAAAAUAACACCGAAAAAAAUUGUCGAUCCGCAAUUUUUUAGUAGUGUGAUAAUCACAUGCUAUAACAUUCUCUCAGCUAUGUUGAAUAUAAGUUCUAAAUAA